AUGAGAAGAUCAAGAAAUAAUAGAAAAGGAAGCUCAAACUUUAGAAAAGGUAAGACUUCCACUAGGCAGCAAAAGAAUGAUGGAAAGUGUUAUGAAUGUGGAAAAUAUGGCCAUAUUGCAUCUGAAUGUCCUGAGACAAGAAAGAAACCAACUAGAAGUUAUCAAAAACAAAGGGCCUUCAGCAGUUGGAGUGAAGAUGAAAUUUCAGAUGAAGAAUCUGAAGAGAUUGAAAAUGUGUGUUUCAUGGCUUUCGAAGGAAGCAGUAAGGUAAGUUCCCAUCCCUGCUCUAAAUGUGAAGAAACUCAAGAAUUAUUGGAUCAAACUCUUAUAGACCUGAAUAAUGUCUUUGAUGAAUAUAGGAAACUGAAGAGACAGAAAAAGGAAUGGGAAUCAAAAUUAGAAAUUUGCGAAAAAGAAAAAAAUUUAAUUCAAAAUGAAGUUUACAAUUUACAAUCUAAAAUAGAUAUUUUACUGAAACCUUCCAGCCAUAACUAUGCCAAGUCAAAUCAGUCAACUUACAUAAAUAAGUCCACUGGGAAAAAGGUCUUACCAAUGACUAAUAAUUUGGAAGGGAAGAAAACUGUUUUUUUAAAGACUGAUCAAUCAACUAGAACCUCUAAGUCGACUGAAAGGAAGUCUGGAAUACAUAGAUCAACCGAUCCUUGUAAAGUUGAAGGAAAACCUUUUCAAACAUGUUUUUGUUGUGGAAAACUCGGCCAUAACUAUCAUAACUGUAGAUUUCGUUUUUCAACUGCACCUGGUUGGGAACGCCACAAGAAAAGAAAAAAGGGAAAAUGGUAUCUAGAUAGUGCGUGUUCAAGACAUAUGAUAGGCGACAAAAGUCUAUUCAAAUCAGUCGCUGACUUUGAUGGAGGAUUAGUAACUUUUGUAGACAACUCAACUGGAACGGUAAUUGGUAUUGGUACUAUUACUUUUGAUAAUUCUUGUGACAUUUCAAAUGUUUGGUUGGUAAAGGGACUUAAGUACAACCUUUUAAGUGUAAGUCAGCUGUGUGACUCUGAUCUUCAGAUAAGGUUUAGUAAAUCAGGUUGUGUCAUAGAAGACUCCUCUGGGAUAAAGGUUCUUCCUGGAAGCAGAAACAAAAAUGUGUAUACUUUGGAUUCUGUCAAAAAUUCUACAGGUCAUAUAUUCUUGGCAUCAAUGGGAGAAGAUCCGUGGAUGUGGCACAAGAAGUUUGGUCAUGCCAGUAUGCGCUUAAUUGAAAAACUGGCAAGACAUGAUCUUGUAAUAGGAUUACCAAAACUCAACUACACUAAAGAUCAUUUAUGCGAUUCAUGUCAAAAAGGUAAACAAACUAGAAACUCUUUUAGUUCAAAAGAUAUUGUGUCUACAUUCAAGCCUUUGCAACUACUUCAUAUGGAUCUAGUUGGUCCUACUAAAACUGCUAGUAUUGGAGGAAAAAGGUAUGCAUUUGUUAUAAUAGAUGACUUCUCUCGCUUUACCUGGGUAAUAUUUCUUGUUCAUAAAGAUGAAACUCUAAAGAAUUUUAAGUUUUUUUGUGAGAAAAUUCAGCGUGAGAAAGGAUAUUACAUCACUUCCAUUAGAAGUGAUCAUGGAGGAGAAUUUGAAAAUAAAGCUUUUGAAGAAUUCUGCAAUGACCAAGGACCAAUUCUCAAGAAAACUCCUUAUGAGCUAUGGACUGGUAAGAAACCAAAUAUUAGCUACUUUCAUCCUUUUGGAUGUAAGUGCUUUGUUCACAAUAAUGGGAAGGAAAAUCUUGGUAAGUUUGAUCCUCGAAGUGAUGAAGGUAUAUUUCUUGGUUAUUCUCCUACUAGUAGAUCCUAUAGAAUUUUUAACAAACGUAUUUUAUUUAUUGAAGAGUCUAUUCAUGUUGUAUUUGAUGAUACUAAUCACAUGGCCGAGAAAAGAAAACUUUCAGAUGAAGAAGACAGUCAAAUACCUACCGCAGUGGUUACAAGACCCACUGAAGAAAAGGCAUCCUGUGAGUCGACUUCUGAUACACCUCAGUCGAUUAAUGUUACUAUUGGAACAGUUCCAAACGAAUGGAGAAGUGAACCUGACUAUCCAAAGAAAUUUGUUAUUGGAGACAUCAAUGAGGGAGGAAAACUAGAGCAUCUAGUAAAAAUAAUGUUGGAAUCCAUUAGAAUUUUGCUUGCAUAUGCCUCUUUUAAAAAAUUCAAACUUUUUCAAAUGGAUGCCAAAAGUGCUUUUCUAAAUGGGUUCAUUGAAGAAGAAGUGUAUGUCAAACAGCCGCCAGGUUUUGAAAAUUUACAAUUUCCCUAUUACGUUUUUAAAUUAAGUAAAGCUUUAUAUGGUCUUAAACAAGCCCCUAGGGCAUGGUAUGAUCGCUUAAGCUCAUUUUUGGAAUUCUCUGAUCUUAUGCAAAGCGAGUUCGAAAUGAGUAUGAUGGGAGAAUUAAAAUUCUUCUUGGGACUACAAAUUCAUCAAACUGACAGUGGAAUAUUUAUAUGUCAAGCAAAGUAUGGUAAGGAACUCGUUCAAAAAUUUGGAAUGUCUGACUCAAAAGUUAUGGGAACUCCAAUGAGUCCUACUUGUACUCUUGAUAAGGAUGAGACAGGAAAACCUGUUAAUGAAACUAAGUAUCGCGGUAUGAUUGGAUCGUUGUUUUACCUAACUGCUAGUCGACCAGAUAUUAUAUUUAGUGUGUGUAGGUGUGCUAGAUUCCAAGCUGCUCCAAAGGAAUCUCAUCUUACUGCUGUUAAGCGUAUUAUUAGAUACCUUCAUGGAACAACAAACUAUGGUUUAUGGUAUCCUAACACCAACGAUUUUACACUUGAAGGUUUUUCAGAUGCAGACUUUGCAGGUGAUAAAGAUGAUAGAAAAAGUACCAGUGGUACUUGCCAGCUUCUAGGAAAAUCUCUUAUUUCUUGGAAUAGCAAAAAAUAG